UCCAUUGAAAAGAACAGAUUGAAGUGGAGCUUAAACUUGAAACAAUAGAUGGACAGCGGUCACAAUGUCUUGCUUAGUUCUUAUGUAGCGUCAUCCAUACCCGUCAAACGAUGUUGUCGUGUUGAUUGCCGCGCCAAAGCACAGCAAGUCCAGGAAAUUCGGGUGUGUACUAACCGCACCUGCCGCAGACAGGGCUCAUUUCAAACCCUAGAAACCCUCUCUGGCCUAGCUCCUCCAAACGUUGCCGUAAAGUCCUGCGGCUGCUUGGGGCGGUGCGGUGGCGGCCCCAACUUGGUGCUCUUGCCUGAUGGCCUCAUCGUCGGCCACUGCGGGACGGCUGCUCGGGCGGCCGAGCUUAUGGUGACUCUCUACGCCGGAGGCUAUGACCCCAAUAGUUGUUUGGAUGCGCUUGCUCUGAGGAAGAGAGCGGAUAUUGAGUUUGCGAACCGAAAUUUCACUGAGGCUGAGCUUCUGCUCUCACAGGCUAUAGAUUUAAAACCAUUUGGUGGCAUGCAUGUCGCAUUUAAAUGCAGGUCAUAUGUAAGACUGGAAUUGGGCAACUACUCUGGUGCCCUCGAAGAUGCUGAAAAGGCUUUGGCAUUAGCUCCCGGCUAUUCUGAGGCUUAUAUCUGCCAGGGUGAUGCCUUUUUGGCAAUGAACAAAUUUGAUUUGGCAGAACAGUCUUAUUCAGCAUCUUUAGAUGUAGAUCCUUCGAUUCGUCAUUCUAAAUCAUUCAAGGCUCGGAUAACAAAACUUCAGGAAAAACUUGCUGCUGCCAAUACACCGGUGAGAUCAGGCUUGUAGAUGAAAGUUCAUUUAAUUCUAUUACAGUGAUGUCAGAAGGAAUAAAUUUUAUAUAUGCUGAGGAAGUGGACAAUUUUAUUGAGCGAUUGAUACGAAGUGGACAAUUUUAUCAAAUUAUUACAGUUGAGGAAGGGUACAAUACUGUUUUAUUAUAUUAUUGAUUUGUUGAAA